UCUCUCUCUCUAUCUCCCGUCGGAAACAAAUGUCGGCGUCGUCGUCGUCGUCGUCGUCGGCAACCGCGGGAGGCGGCGGCGGCUGCGAGAUCCGCUACAGGGGAGUGAGGAAGAGGCCGUGGGGCCGCUACGCGGCGGAGAUACGCGACCCGUGGAGGAAGACCCGCAUCUGGCUCGGCACGUUCGACACCCCCGAGGAGGCCGCCCUCGCCUACGACGGCGCCGCCCGCUCCCUCCGCGGCUCCAAGGCCAAGACCAACUUCCCCUCUCCCCCACCUCCUCCGCUCCCCCCUCCUUACCACCACCUCUCCCUCGGCCCUCUUCCUUCUCACCACCACCUCCUCUCCCUCGCCCCUCCCCCUCCUCCUCCCGACGCCCGGCACUGCUCCCGGGUCGCCCUCGGCGAGUUCUUGCACGCCGGGGUCCUCAAGGACUUGAGAUCCCAACCCAACUGCGGUCGCAACCCGGCGGCGCGCGAGGAAGCGGCCUCGGCCGUUGGCAGCGGCGUAGCUCAGGAGGGCGACAGCGACGGCGCCGCGGCGUUGCUGGGGACGGUGGGUCGCGGGCUUCCCAUCGAUCUGAACCAACCACCGCCCUUCUGGAUGUAGUUAAAGCUAGGACCUUUUUUGUUUUUCCUUCCUUUAAGGUUCUUUCUUCCUUCUGGGGAUCCUGCCGAGGAAGAAGAAGAAUGCUGUGAAUAUUUUAUCUACUUUUAUUGCAAGUUUUCUCAUCAAAGCUUUGAGAUUUUCUAAUCUUAAUCUGUCAUCUCUGUUAUAUAUUUCGUUACCGCCGUAGAGGAAACAUCUCUCAUUUUUCACCUGAUUUAUCUGCAACUGAAGAAAC